CGUCAAGCCAACAUAGAACCCGGAUAACAUCGUGAGAGAAGAUGGCUGAUAAUCUGAAAAUUCCCCAUGCUCCCCGGAACCGACGGUUACCCGGUGGAGUAAUGAAGUACAGCCGGUCGGUCAUGUACAAAAAGAAAGCUUUGUAUCGCAAGAAGAAGGUAGUUGUAAAGAAGACAGAAGUCAAGGAGGAGCGUUUUAUGACGAAACCUAUCGGGGGUGAGAAGAAUGGGAAAGAACGUGUGGUUCCUAUUGAGAGGAGGAAACGAUACUACCCUACAGAAGACCUUCCAAGACCGUUGAAACAUCGCAAGAAUCCAAAGCCUGCAAAACUGAGAUCAUCUAUCACACCCGGGACCGUCCUAAUUCUGUUGGCUGGUAUUCACAGGGGCAAAAGAGUGGUAUUUUUGAAACAAAUGAAGUCUGGGCUGCUGCUUGUCACAGGACCUUUUAAGCUGAAUGGUUGUCCUUUGCGGCGGGUGGAUCAAGCGUAUGUCAUUGCAACGAAAACGCAAGUUCCUUUAGAUGAUUUAAAAGUUCCAGCCAGAUUGACAGAUGAGGCUCUUAAACGAGAAAAGAAGAAGAAAAGCAAACGUGCUGAGGACAUGUUCGACUCAACUAGAGAAGAAACAUACAAGCCAAGCCAGGAGAGAAAGGACGAUCAGAAGGCUGUUGAUCAGCAAGUGUUGGAGUCUGUCAAGAAGGUCCCUCAGUUGAAGUCAUACUUGUCUUCUAUUUUCUCACUAAAGAAAGGACAGUAUCCGCACAGCAUGGUGUUCUAGACGUAGUAGCUAUUGAUUGUUCAACUCUAGAUGCUGUGCUUUGUGAAUAAAUACUAGUAACAAUAGCAA